GGGGAGCCGAGCAUUGCUGUUGUCGCUGCUGUGGAUCUGGUCGCUGUGAUCAGAGGGGAGAGGAUCAUCACCGAACAACCAGCGGCUUGUUUUCAGGCCCAGCUGCAGCAACAUGACCAAGGAGGAGAACCUGGAGGUGCAGGAGAAGGAGAGGCACGAUCGGGAGGAGCAGGAGGAGGGGAGGGUUCAGAGAGAGGAGGAGGAGGCUCUAACCGAAGAGGAGGAGGAGGAAGAAGAAGAGGAGGACGAAGACGAGGAAGAGGAAUAUGAGCUACAGGAGGAGAGGGAGGGAGAAGAGAGGGCAGAGGUGGACGAUGAGGACGACGACGAGCAGGAGGAGGAGCGGGAGGAAAGAGAGGAGAGGGAGGGAGAGGAGGAUCCACCGGCCGGUCGGGAGCCUGAGGCUGAGCCAGUGCCCGAGCCCCUGUCAGUGUCCGAGUACCAGAGCCCGGUCAACGAGCCACGCCGCAGAGCCAUGGUUCACCCGUCUGCCCAGGCACCGCUGCCCAAAGACUAUGCCUUCACCUUUUUCGACCCGAACGACCCGGCCUGUUUGGAGAUCCUCAUGGAUCUUCGUACCACCAUCCCAGAGCUGUUCGCCAUUGUGCGUCAGUGGGUUCCCCAAGUGCAGCACAAGAUCGACAUCAUCGGCAACGAGAUCCUGAAGCGUGGUUGUCAUGUUAACGACCGCGACGGUUUGACUGAUAUGACGCUGCUGCACUACAGCUGUAAGGCCGGAGCACAUGGAGUUGGCGAUCCAGCGGCGGCGCUGCGUCUCACCAGUCAGCUGAUCUCUCUGGGCGCCGACGUGAGUCUGAGGAGUCGCUGGACCAACAUGAACGCCCUCCACUACGCCGCUUACUUCGACGUCCCAGAACUGAUCCGAGUCCUGCUCAAAGCUGCUAAACCCAGAGUGAUGAACUCCACCUGCAGUGAUUUCCACUACGGUACAGCCCUCCACAUCGCUGCCUCCAACCUCUGUCUGGGUGCAGUGAAGUGUCUGCUGGAGCACGGAGCCAACCCCACUGUCCGGAAUGAUAAGGGCCAGGUUCCAGGGGAGGUGGUCCCUGACCCGAUGGACAUGACUCUGGACAAGGCAGAGGCAGCCAUGGUGGCCAAAGAGCUGAAGCAACUGCUGCUGGAUGCCGUCCCUCUGAGCUGUAACCUCCCUAGAGCCACUCUCCCCAACUAUGACAACAUCCCAGGAAACCUGAUGCUGUCCUCGCUGGGGCUGAAGCUGGGAGACCGCGUGUUGCUGGAUGACAUGAAGCUCCAGAGAGACCAGAGCAGAGAUGACGUCCCGGCUGCAAACCUCACACAGACCGGCACCCUGAGGUUUUGUGGUACGACAGAGUUUGCCAGCGGUCAGUGGGUCGGCGUGGAGCUCGACGAGCCUGAGGGAAAGAAUGACGGCAGUGUGGGUGGAGUCCGCUACUUCAUCUGCCCUCCGAAGCUAGGGAUUUUUGCCCCGGUGUCAAAGAUUUCCAAGGCUGUGGACCAGACACCUUCAUCUGUCACCUCCACCCCCCGAACCCCCCGCAUGGACCUGGCGUCCCGCCUUGCUGGGAAGACCAAGAAGGAGAAAGAGAAGAAGGAAAAGGAGAAAGAGAAAGCUCAGAGGAAGAAGUCGUCCAUUGCCAGUCUGGAUCCAGAGGGACUGAAUGUGGAGGUUGGAGAUCAGGUUCUGGUGGCUGGACAGAAACACGGCAUCGUCCGCUUCUACGGCAAGACCGACUUCGCUCCAGGUUACUGGUUUGGUAUUGAGUUGGAUCAGCCGACAGGGAAACACGACGGCUCUGUGUUUGGAGUCCGUUACUUUAACUGCCUGCCCAAAUAUGGAGUGUUUGCGCCGCCCUCCCGCGUCCAGAGAAUUGGAGGCCCUAAAGACGGCUCACAGAAUGACAACUCCAUGGUGAAGAAAGUCCACCAGGUCACCAUGUCACAGCCGAAGCGUAACUUCAACACAAUGCGUUCUCCUAAAGACCUGACCUCUGAGAGCUCCAUAUCCAGGUUGCUAUUCUGCUGUUGGUUUCCGUGGAUGCUGCGUGCUGAGAUGCAUUCCUAACAACCCCCUGUUCCUUCUCCCUCUGCUCCCCCACCAUAUUGAUUUCUCUGCUCUUUCUUCUCUCCAUCUUUUACUUUUCCGUCCUCUCUGAGUCUCCUCAGACUAUCGCUAUCGCCGGUCAAACUUCUCAUAGUGAAAACCCAGUCUCUUCUUUCUCUUACGCUCAGCCCAAAUCCUUCUAAUUUAGCCGUUCUAUAGCAAAAUCUAUAGUGCCUUGGAUCUGAUCAAAACAUCCUGCAUUCCUUUAAUGAAACUGAAACAGCUCUGCUAAAGCAAUUCCCCUAAAUCUAUCUUUGUAUCCCUUUGCUCAUCUUAUAAUCCCAUUGUCCCAACUUGGUAUUUUACAUGUUGUGCUUUUAUUCAGGGCAGAAAAAUACAGCUGUUUACUUUCUCUAAGGCUAACAAACACUACUGAACAUUAGUUUGUGCUGCUACAUGUUUUGUUUUUUGCUGCUACUAGAUUUGGGUCUUGCCAAAUUUUGAACUGAGUGCCAGAUGAAUUUGUCAUAAACUUACUUAUCAGUCAAGGUUGGCACCUGUUAGCUAAAAGAAGACAAUAACGUGAACACUUUGACUCAUAGAUUGCGGUUUGUAAAAAACAGACUUUGUAUAAGUACCUGAAAAUAAACAACAAUGACCUGGGAAACAAAUCCUGAGUCAUGAAGGGGGGGUGUAACUGAGAGUCAUGAUACUGUGCUGUUAUGAAAGAGAACAUGGAGGCACAAAUGUUCACAUUUUGCUUGUUCUCUGCAACGUUUCCAAACAGCAGUGUGUGAGAUGGAUUCUGCGUAGCUCAAAAUGUUUGGGUGCAGAAAAUGUUUUGGAUAUGGAGUUGUUUGUUCACAUCUGGCUGCUGCUUCCUCACUACUUAUUUGAGACCAAGAACUUCAUCAUAACAGCCACUGUCUCUGUUGUGUAAAUCCACCGUCCUCUGAUCCCAUGGGGGAGUUGAGGUAGACACUCUUUAAGACACCUCAGCUGUGGUGUCCAUUGGCAGAAUAUGGCUAAAUGAGAGCCGUGCAUGCAUGGUCUCUGAUGAAGCACUGAUAUAAACAUGUUUCAGAGGGGCCUUGAACCAGAGGGAUAGAUUCUCUGCUCAGAGCACUGUGGUUACACAUGUGUAGCUGCAGAUCCAGUCUCAAUCCUAGAAAACUUUAUAACUCUAUAACUAAACUGAGCGUGAGAAACUUUUAUCACCUGCAUGCUUUAAUCUCAGAUGUCAAAAUGAAAACAGGGUUUAUCUGCUAUUUUAUCAUAGUGUUACAGUCAGUUAUAUUUUUUUACCUCUCAGAUGUAUGCAACAGGCCUAAUUUUAACGUUAGGAUGUGAGAUAGCAAAAUAGUUCUCGGUCUCUUUGUGACAUCUCCUGUCACAUACAGGGAUCGUUGCUCUGUAGUUUAUACGGACGCCAUCAUUUUACCACUAGUUGAAUUUGAUGUAACUGCACAUCUUAAAGAUAAAACACAGCUUUAAGUUGUGCUUUACUAGAAAUCUUAACACAAAGUAAAUAGUUGGACCUUCCCUCCACUGAACAACAGAAGACUCAGUUUUAGUCAGUUUAAUAGAAGUAGAUAGACGAAUAACUGUCAUCAUUUAUCAAACAUUAGUCCAUCUAGUUAGAGUUAAAUUACAGUGUAUUAUAGACAUCUUAUAAAUAAAGAGCUGUAGUUGUAAUCUGUCAUUAACCAAAACUGCUAACAGACCCAAAAUCAUCAUUAUCUUUGAUGCAACUUCAAAAUCAAAAAUGUUCAAAUCAGAAAUGUGUUUUCAACCCCAUUAAAUGUUGUAUUAUGUUUUUUGUGUUGCUGCUGUCUUGUUUGCAUCUGAAAACGAGUUUCAUCUAAAGCUAAUAUCAGCUUUAAUGACCUGUUAAAAAUAAUAAUUUGUACAUUUCUGUGUCCCUUCAUCAAACCUCUCCUCUAUCUCAACGUUUUAAUUUCCUACCGUAGGAAUUUAGACCUGGAUCAUCUCUCCAGAAAGUCCAUGAUAUUUGAAAAAGUUUUCUUCCCUCUUUCUCUCCCCCUCCUCUCUCAUCCCUCUUGCUCCAUUUAAAUAAGACUUUGGUACUUCUUUGUGAAUGUGAGCAUCAACAAAAAACACAAGUUAAUCUAAACUUAUGUGUGUGCUUAAUGUUAAAACCUCUCUCACCAAGUGUGUACAUAACUGAAAACAGCAAUAUGUAAACAGUGUACCUAUCUCUGUGUGAAAAUGGUUCCUGUGUUAAUGUCUCCUCACACUUUGUAAAGCACACUCAUACAGAGAGAUGAACACACUCACUCUGUUGGCCGAGGCUGCUGGGGGCAAAAAACAUUCAGAGAAAAUAACCAGAUAACCAGAAGAAAUCAAUGUGUGGAGGCAGGUGUACACCUCAGUGACAGGUAGACUCAAAAAUACAAGAGCCAUUGUGAUUUUCUAUGUGAUUUUUCACUUUUUCUAUUAGAAAGUGGCCAUAGUAGCAAGUAAAUACAGUCAGUUUUACCCAAAAACAAACAGUCUAGUUAUGGAAAUCCAAAGUCAGUCAUCUGUAAUCUAUGAAUAACACUGCAGGAUUUGUAUGUUUUAUAGGUCAGAUCCUCAGUUUAUGACCAUGAGUCAUUGUAGACAUUUAUUUAAAUAUAGUUUUUAUUUUACAGCUCAAAAAAGAUAUUAUUUUACAUCUGACUGUGUUCCCACUAAUUUUCCGUAUUUAACAAACCCACCACACAUUAGUCUUCUUUGGAUAAAACAUUCAGCUCUCAGCGAUGCAGCUUCAUGUUUCCAGAGCUGUAAAACUGUAAAAUGUGUAUUGAUUGCUUUACUUGUCAGUCAUAGGUUAUGCUUUUUUACAUAGUGUUGGCUUUUUAAAUGAAAUAAUUUUAUAUCUCCCGAGUUAUAUUCAGUUUGCACUUUUACUCAACGAUUCAUAUUCUGGUAAAAACAAGAAGAUAGCUCUUGAAUUUUUGGUAAAGUUCCAAAACUGGUUAUUGAAAUUUUGAGUCGACCAGUGUCUGAAGCCAUUAAGUGAGAACCUUCCCUAUUCACUGGUUGUGUCUGUGUGGAUUGACAGAAACCAGGCUGAAUGCUGAUUGGUUUGGUUGGUUUGUGGAAUAUUUUUUUUCUCGGUUGGUCUUUGUGCUAGUCUUUUGCAGCCUCAGCUAAAGGAAACACUUUGUGGUUGGUCCUGCACACUGCUGUUGAAAACUGUUCUGUUUGUUCUCAUGGAAUCAGCUUCAACAUUACACAAAUGAUAACUACAGCACUCAGUUUAGCUCAAACCAGCUGCAGAACUUACAUGAUCGGACCAAGGUUUUCCAUUUCCACUCAAACGCAAAGCUUAGCUCCGAGUGUUGCUGCUGAAUACGAGAGUAAAAGGUCAGGGAGUUAAAAACGUAUGUCAACCAUUUCUCAAGCUUCGCUAUGAGUAGUAGGUUGAGUAAUGGGACACAAAGUAAUGUCCUGGGAGCCCUCAUGUCCAGGUUUUUUUCGGACUGACAGUCUACGUGGUUUUGUCAGCUUGUUAAGUUGCAGAGUUUCAGCACUUGCAGCUGAAUGGAAAGAACUGACAUUAAAAAGAGCUGAUUAAAAGAAAUCAUAGUCAGUUGGCAAAUCCAGUGUUCCCGCCUUUUUUGGAAAAACUAAUUUGUUUAAGCAGCUUUCCAGGUGAAGAAAUGUCCUUAAAAAUGACCAAAAUGUCCUGACACUACAAUCUACCCUCGAAAACUGUAAAAUAUUUUGAUCAGGUUGCUAAAACUUUACAAUUCCCCAAAAUUUAUUACAAUGUCCCAGCAAAUUCCUAAUUUGUUCAGGAAUGGGGUGAGGCUAUGCAGCUGAUUUUAGCAUUUGACUUGUAAAGUUUGGAGUGAAUUUCGAAAUCUGACUGAGGUUUUACAAACCAAGAAAUCCAGAUUUACCAUACAAGUCUAACUGAAGUUAGACUUAAACUUAAUUUUUACCCACUUUUCUGAGAUAAUCCUGCAUUGAUAGUGUAGACUCUGGGUUAUUGAAGCUGUCCAAAUGUGAGAAUCUUGACAUCAUGUUAACACGAUAAGACUAACCACUUUACCUUCCUGUAUUCAUGCUGUGCGCUACUUUCAUCUGCCAUCCACCCAAACCCAAACAAAAGAUGCACUGACGUUAACUCGUGUUGUAGUUUACAUCUUUUUACAAUUUCACACAGGACGCUGUUCAAUGCUAAAGCUCCACAGAGUCAGGAUCUGCUGACUUCAUCUUAAGUGAACAUUGACAUUGGUAGACAACAGUGAUGGUGGAAGUUUGUUUUUGUACAGUAAACGUACAGUACAGUCAGUAUGUCCCAGUGAAGCCUCUCUUGGUUUGCACAUAGUGUUCUGACUACUCUGUAAAUGUGGAGCUUCUCUGGUUUGGCCACUAAGUGUCACUAGUGAGUCACUGGAUAUUCAUCUUACAACAAACAAAAUAUUAUUAUUCCUCAUUACAUAUUUUCUAUUUGGUUUGCUCCAUUUAAGGACUAUAGUGGUUUUGCCUGUUUUAGCUCUUUAACACAAGCUACUGAACCUUCACUCCACAUUUCUACUGACUCUUUUCCGAAGCUUUCAUUUAGCUUUCAGAGUUACUUCAUUGUUUCCAGCGAGCCGUGAAACCUGCUGCAGAAACUUUGCAUAAAUGUCAAAAUCUAGUCCCCUUUAUAUUAUUAGUCUCACCUCCACCUGAUGGUGUAUUCAAGAAUGAAAAAAUACAUCUGAGAACUGAUAGCUGGCUGCUAUCCUGUCGGAAAAUCAACCCAUGAAAACCAACAGAUUUUCUGAAUUUGCCAGAAUGUAAUUUCACAUUAAAGGCUCAAUAUUCACCAAUUUAUGUCAAUACAAACCUUUUCAUUAAUCUCUCAGUAACAUUUACUCGUGCUCACAUACCUUAACCCACUGCACUCAGAUGUAUCAUUAUCUAUGACAAUCUGCUACAAGAAAUGGCCAUCCUUGUUCAGAAGAUAUGUCCAGGAUUGUGGUUUCUGUCUUAGCUGCUGGUGUGCAGAUAAAAGUGAUCGGUUUUAUAAUAUAACAAUAUCAGUAAAGAAAGCAGUGAUAUCUUUUAUGUUCUUGGAUUUAACCCUGUCAUAGAAAUGUAGUACCAAGAGUUAACCAAUAGAAGGCAUCACUAUGACAACACUUUCAGCACAGUUGCUUCAUAAUGGUUUGUUGCUUCAGACAUCUUUGUUUUCUCAAUCACUAGCAGCCAGUUGUUGAAUUUCAAGUGUCAGAAAGGGGAGUUUUGAAAAUGGUUGCCACUGAAUUACACCCUGAUGGUUACAUAAACUCUAACCUAAACUAAAUUUGACUGUAAUGGAUUAUCCCUCUGUGGUGAAGUUGGUUUUCAUAGAAAUGAACUGAAACAGAUGGCUACCUGGAAGGAAGGAAAUCAAUCAAACAUGGAUGGAUGAUUUGGAAAAUGAUCAGCAGCAAGGGAAAGUGUGAUCUUUUUUAGUUGAUAGGCUAAAACAUUCACAACCAGUGAUUGGUCCUGUAAAACCUCUAUAAUCGAUCGGUGUAUGUAUCUGAGAAUAUAAUGUUGAAGUCAUUCUCAUAGAAACUAACUCAGCACUGGUUGUUUUAACAUUAAUAAGUCUUAAUAAUAUACAGUAUAUAGCCUAUAUUUUGAUAACUUCACAAAGUGUACUUUUGUUCUCUGGUUUUGUAGUGUGUGGGUGUUUCUUUGUGCUCGGUUACAGUCCAUGUGUGUGAGUCACUCCUGUUUUGAAAGUGUGUGAAGCCGACGGACAUUUAAGAUGAACAGGGGAGAACGAGCAUCGGGCGUCCUCAUCCUAACAGAUACUCACUGCAUGCUCUCUCUCUCCCUCUCUGUAACUUUCUCUCAGUAUUUUCUGAUUUGGGUUUUUCAGUAUGUGUAUCUUCUUCUCAUCAGCAUGGAAAUGCUUCUAAUAAUAACAGUGACAACUCUAUGAAUAUAAUAAAGAAUUUGAUGUUGUUUU